AUGCGUUGGAAAUACGUUUUAGUAAAAGAUGCUUUAAUUGGCUCAAAAGAUUCCGAAAUUGGCUAUCUUUAUGGUGAAAGUAAUAAUGUUAAUUUAAUAAAUAAACCAAAUAAAAGAAAAAUUGCGGGAUUUGAUCUUGACCAGACUUUAAUUAAUACAAAGUCAGAAAGAAGGUUUCCAAAAGAUUUUGAUGAUUGGAAAUGGGCGCAUGAUAAUGUUAAAGAUAAACUUAAAGAAUUUAAUGACAAGAACUUUGAAAUAAUAAUUGUAACAAACCAGGCAGGAAUUAAAAAGUCUGAUAUAAAAACAAAUGAAUUUAAAAUAAAGAUCGAUAAUAUCGAAAAAGAUCUAAUUGCGACAUAUCCAAAUAUUUUUUUUUGCGGUGAUGGGGCAGGAAGAGAAAAAGACCACACAAGUGCGGAUAUUAAAUUUGCUUACAAUUGUGCGAUAGAUUUUAUUACCCCCGAAAGACUAUUUAUCGGAGAUACAACCUCAAUAGGUAAAAUUGAAUAUCCCAUUUCACAACUUGAUCCGGCACUCUUUGAUCCUAAAACAAAAUUUAAAUACAUUAAAAAUAAAAAUGAUAAACCUGAGUUAAUUUUAAUGGUCGGUUUGCCCGCAUCGGGCAAGUCAUUUAUAGCGAACAACAUAGUCCAGAUAUAUGAAAACGACGGCGCCGCAAUUGACUGUAUAAGUCUUGACAAACUUAAAACAAAACCAAAAAUGCUUAAAUCGAUUCAAUCAAGUGCGAUAUCUGGAAACACGAUUAUUGUUGAUAACACCAACUUGGAUCUUGCUACAAGAACAUCAUUAAUCAAAUUCGUAAAAGGAAUUAAUAACAACUACUUUGUUAGAAUUCUUUGGGUUAACACGUCUUUUGAUAGAAGCCUCCAUAAUAAUUUCUAUAGAUACUUUGUAAACUAUAAAGACGACGUUCUUCUUAUUCCGGAAUUUGUAUACAAGAUGAUGAUUAAAAAAUUCACAGAGCCAUCAACAAAAGAGAACAAUUUAAUUGAUAUUGUACAAACUGUAAAUUUGUUAUGUUAUUCUAACACAUUAAACACUCUUUUUAUAACAGGACAUUAA